UAUUUCAAUGUCACUUAACUGACAGACUGUGUCAUAUUGGCAACACUGUCAAAUUGAAGUAUUUUGUUUUGUUGAUCGGGCCAAAAUCGCGAAACCAAACUGCUCUAAACAAAUUCAAUAAAUUGAAUAAUUACUAAUCUACAGUCUUUAAAUGUUCUCCCUGCUGCAUAAACAAGAAACAGCCCAUGCCGAAAGCAUUUGGUCGUGUGCUUGGGGUCGAACGACAGUCGAAAAACACAAGGACGACGAUGACGGCGAAGCGUCACGCGAUUCACUAUUCAGCAAUCCGUCACAAGAUAAAGUCACCGACUACAUUGUAACCGGCGGCUUGGAUGAUAUGGUCAAAAUAUGGGAUCUCAAAGAUAAUCGAUUGGAAUUACGGCAGCAAUUGACUGGACAUUCGUUGGGAGUGGUGUCGGUGGCCAUCAGCUCGGAUGGAAAUACGAUAGCGAGCAGUUCAUUGGAUUCGGGACUGUGUUUUUGGAAAGCAGAAACGGGACAACUGUUGAAUCAGACCGCACUUGGUCCAGUGGAUUUGUGGACGGUUGCUUUUUCGCCAUGCGACAAGUACGUCAUAUCGGGAUCACACGAAGGUAAAAUUUCACUGUACAGUGUGGAAACGGGCAAAGCGGAACAGGUGCUGGAUCCGCAGAAUGGUAAAUUUACUCUCAGCAUUGCUUAUAGCCCUGACGGUAAAUACAUUGCUAGCGGUGCCAUUGACGGAAUAAUAAACAUCUUCGAUGUAGCUGCCGGCAAGGUGGCCCAAACGCUAGAAGGUCACGCAAUGUCGGUGAGAAGUUUGUGCUUCUCACCGGACUCCCAAAUGCUACUAACGGCGUCGGAUGACGGUCACAUGAAACUGUAUGAUGUAGCACAUUCCGACGUUGCUGGUACUUUGUCCGGACAUGCGUCCUGGGUGUUGAGUGUAUCGUUCUCCGGUAAUGGUAAACACUUUGCGUCGUCGUCCAGUGACAAAUCGGUGAAAAUCUGGGACGUUGCUGAGCGGAAAUGCUUGUACACGUUCAACGAACACUCGGAUCAAGUUUGGGGUGUGAAGUACAGUCCGGAUGGUAAUAAAGUGGUGUCAGUUUCGGAAGAUAAAUGUAUCAAUUUGUACGACUGUCCGGCGAACGUUGUUUGAAUAUUAAACGGGAGUUAUUUUCUAAGAAAA